UCUUCUCUUCUUUACCCAGAAAUGAACUGUCUUAUCAUAAAUCUGGACUAUGUUAACUGCACAUGGACUGAGCAUGAGCACAAUUACACUUUCAGGAGCAGGUUUACUCACAGAGAAACUCUGGAUUGUCCAGAAUAUCUCAGGAUUGAUGGUGUUAACGUGGGCUGUGUAUUCCCCUACAAAACAGCACAGCGGUUUAAUACAUUAGAAACACGGCUGUACAGUGACGAUGGAGGUUUGGUGACAGAGCAGGAGCAUAAUCUCAAAUCAUAUGUGAAGCUUUCUCCUCCGAUCAACCUGUCUGUGAUGGAGAAAAAAGACACUGAACUGUGGCUAUACUGGGAUUUUACAAAGAACAACGGCUGCUUUGAGAGUGAAGUUCGUUACAGGACAGACAACAAUGUGUGGAAGAACACCACUCCAGGCCCCAGGACCUCCUUCAGUUUGCCUUUUCCCUCCAAAAAACGCUAUGAGUUCCAGGUCAGGGCUCGUAUACAGUCCUCCUGUGGAGAGUCCAAGUUUUGGAGUGACUGGAGUGAGCCUGUCUACUGGGGAUCUUAAAAGACCAACGA